UAAGAAAGAUCGACCAUGAAGAAAUCGAAAUCAGAGGUGGUGUUCAUCUCAACCCCCGGAGCAUUUGGAAAUCUAAUCCCACUCGUCGAGUUCGCACAGCUCCUAGUCAACCAUGACCCUCGAUUCCACGCCACCAUCCUCAUCAUCACCAUGCCCCAAAGACCCGUCAUCAACACUUACAUCGAAUCACGCGCCGCCGCGUCAGCCACCAGCAUCAACUUCCUCCACCUCCCCAUCGUAGACCCACCUGCAGAGGAUGAGCACCAAUCCUCCAUCGCCUACCUUUCUCUACUCAUACAAAAAAACAAGCCCCACGUUAGGCAUGCACUCCACGACCUCAAGUCCUCGGUCGAAUCAAAUCCUGUUGCGUUUUUCGUGGACAUGUUCUGUACGUCCAUGAUCGACGUUGCCAACGAGCUUGAGAUUCCUUGUUACAUGUUUUUCCCUUCUCCGGCGACGUUUCUGAACUUCAUGUUCCAUAUUCCGGUCUUGGACGCCAAGAUCUCUGGCGAAUGGGGCGACUUAGAUGCUGAGUUGACCAUACCGGGUUUCGUCAACUCGGUGCCUCCUUUGGUGUUGCCUACGGCGCUAUUGAAUAAGAAGGGGGAUGCGUACGCUUGUUAUUUAACCCAUACGGCAAGGUACAAGCAACCCAAGGGCAUUGUCGUAAAUACAUUCAAGGAAUUGGAGCCACAUGCGCUUAGCUCGUUGGCUAUCAGCGAUGUGCCGCGGAUCCACGCUAUUGGGCCGGUUGUGGAUUUUAAUGGGCCGGCCCAUUGGCAGAGUCCAGAUCAUUACGAGAGCGUGGUGAAGUGGCUCGAUGACCAACCUCUGCUGUCGGUGGUGUUAUUGUGCUUCGGAAGUAUGGGAAGUCUUGGUGCACCUCAGGUGAGGGAAAUAGCAUUUGGGCUCGAGAGGGUUGGGUUUCGGUUCUUGUGGGCUUUGCGUGAACCGCCCAAGUCCAAUGUUUACCUCCCUAGCGACCCCGCAAACGCCGACAAGGCAUUGCCAGAUGGGUUCUUGAAACAGACAUCUAAAUCAGGCUUAGUAUGUGGGUGGGUCCCACAGGUCAAGAUACUAGCUCACCAAGCGAUCGGAGGGUUCGUGUCGCAUUGCGGGUGGAACUCGAUUUUGGAGAGCUUGUGGUACGGCGUACCGAUUGCCAUGUGGCCUAUAUAUGCGGAACAACAAAUGAGUGCAUUUGAGAUGGUGAAGGAAUUAGGAUUGGCAGUGGAGAUUAGGGUGGACUAUAGGGAGGGCAGUAAGAUAGUGCUGGCGGAGGAGGUUGAGAAAAGCAUUAAGAGCUUGAUGGACGUUGAUCGUGUAGUGAGGAGCAGGGUGAAAGACAUGAGCGAGAUGAGUAGGAUGGCAUUGAUGGAAAAUGGGUCUGCAUACCAAGCAUUAGAAGGUUUAAUUGAGGAACUAGCGCCGAAGAUUUGAGACAACCUAAAAAUAUAUUGC